UGAAGGUUGAAGAAAAUGGCCAUACAAGCUGAGUUAUAUUCUGAUAAUGUUGGGUUUCCAUUGUGUGGUUCCAUUGAUUCUGCUGGUAAUGGUAAUGGCGGGUUUAAUCUAUUCUGUUUCGGCCAUCAACAAUUACAGCAGCAGCAGCUGCAACAUUUACAGCAGUUUCAAAUUCAGCAGCCGGGAAAUCAAAGUUUCUGUUUUGAAAACAAUGAUGAAUCGAUUGAUCAGUUCAUCAAAUCCCAGGAUGAGAGAUUGAGAUUGUUACUGCAAGAGCAAAGAAAGCAAAAAGUUUCAUUCAUGGCGGAAAAGCUAGAGUCAAAGGCAACUCUUUUACUCGGCCAAAAAGACGUAGAGCUCGCGAAAGCAGCAAACAAAACAAUGGAACUGCAAAAUCUUUUGAAGAAACUGGAGAUGGAGAAUCAAGCAUGGCGAAGAGUGGCGCAAGAGAACGAAGCAAUGGUUGUUUCUUUGAACAACACGCUCGAACAAUUACAACAACAACAACAAAACCAAGCCGGGUGUUGUUUCGACAAUGGAGUCGAUGAUGCAGAGUCUUGUUGUGGAGAAACAGAGGAAGAGAACAACAGAGGAUUUGUCGAAACGAAGAACACAUUCAUGGUGUGUAAAUGUUGCAAUUCUCGAAGCUUGUGUGUUUUGUUCCUUCCUUGCAGACAUCUUUGUUCAUGCAGAGAUUGUGCAGCUUUUCUUGAUUGUUGCCCUCUUUGUAGUACUGCAAAGAAAGCUAGUAUAGAAGCUUUGAUUUCUUAAUUUUAUGAUUUAUGCAUAGUAUAGGG